UAAGCAGUAACAGAGGAACAGAAGAGGGAGAGCUCCAGUGGUCCGGGUGGUCAGUUUCCUCCGCCCUCCUGCGUGGUGCUAUAAGAGCCGCCGCCUGCUCCUCUGGCGCACGCGCAGCACAAGGACUCGGACCAUGGAGGCCAACAUCGUCGUUCUGGGCACCGAGCGCGUCGGAAAGUCAGCGCUGACUGUGCGCCUCUUGACCCGGCGGUUCAUCGGGGAGUACGGAGAUGUCGAGUCCAUCUACAGUCACAGCUUUGCGGUCGACGGAAGGGAGGUCACCCUGAAUGUUUGGGAUUCUCCCUAUUCUGAGGACUCGUCCGGGGAGACGUCCCUCUUUGAGAAAAAGGUCCAGUGGGCCGACGCCUACGUCCUCGUCUACAGCAUCUGCGACCGGGCCAGUUUCAACAGCGUCGGCAGGCUCAUUCAGACCAUCAGAUCCGCCAAAGUCUACCUGAACGCUGACAAGGCGCCCAUAGUGAUUGUGGGUAACAUGAGGGAUCUACACCACAGGCGGACAGUGCUGAGCGAGGAGGGCCGCCUCCUGGCCCUCAACACCGACUGCCACUUCUACGAGGUGUCGGCGGCCGAGAACUACCACGGCGUGCUCAUGGUGUUCCACGGGCUGGUGGACAGGAUGAAAGACGCCAAGCUGACCACAAAGAGACCUCUGGGGUUCAAGGGCAUCGUGAGAAGCAUGUCUGCUGUGUUUGCCAGGAGACGGACAGACUCCUUUUAGCAAGACCAUGACAGGAGAGGAAGGAGUUUUCCCACGAAGCUGCAUCGUGCGUGUCGGGGUCCGACAGUGAAAUAUUAGUAAUUGCUCCACGUGUCACUGUGAUAAAGGAAACGAUGGAGCCUCCAGAGACAGAGACACUACAGAGACGGGAGCAAAGUGAAGAAAGUCUUCAGAGAAAAGAAAAGCCAUUAGAAUUGAGAAAAGGUGAAAUUGUGCCGAGGGUGCAGAGGUUUUUUGGUGAUGGUUUAUGAGCUGAACUGAUGAAAUGAGAUUGACAUUGGGUACAACAACAUAUGCAAUACGAUUAAGUGGUGUUUUACAGAUUGGAAUAAUUUCUUUGCACAAAAUAAAAAGUGCGCUUUCUUGUGAUGCAUAUGCCAAAGAUAAACCUUUGUAAUGUUGGAAAAAAGUGAAAAAUUAUUUUUUGGAUUUGUAUUUAUUAAAGCCUAAACACAGCAAAGCAAAACAAGCGUUUUUUUUUUAAUAUUUAUGAACUUUCCCAAGUUGAAUUCAUUGAUUAUGUGUCAUGUCCUGAAAUGCAUUGUCUGUCUAAACUCUGUUUAAUAGCUUGUACGGGAUUGAAUAAAACACCAAUGUAUACAA